AUGCUGGCACCAAUUCUCAGAGCCCUGCCCCACCGUGCUAUCCAACCCGACUCUGAGGAGAUUCCUGUUUCCCCAGAGAGUUCACUACCAUCAUUGAUGCCUUCAACGAAUGACAUUGACGACAGAGACCAGACGCCAGAAGGCACUGCUCUGCCUGUACCACACAUUGAUCUCGCAGCACGUGAAAGAGAGAGACGCCUAGCUGCAUCAGCACGGUCACCCAACCAGUCACCGACCCGGAUCAGCAUGCAUAUAGCCACAUCCAGUAUGCAUAUAGCCACCUCAGCAGACCUGCCCAGUGAAGAAAUCAACAAGGAUGACUUCGACGACCUCCCUGAUCUUAUCCCCAUCACAGACGAUGAGGACAACUCCUUCUCAGAUGACGAGACCUCUUCAGACAACAAUGACAACCAAGGUGGUUGUUCACCCUCAUUCUCAGACACCGAUAAUGACCCUGCACCUCCUGCUGCACCAGCCAUUCCUGCAAACGCAGAUUCUGCUGAUUCCAACUCUGACUCUGAUUACUCUUUUGUCAAAUGUUCUCACCCCUGUCCCCAUCCCCUAGCUUCUACCAUGUCUGCAGCUGCUACAGUAGAGCAAAACUCAUGCACUGAGGCUCCGAUUCUACAUCCCGGUGUGUACACUAUCAAUAUUCUCAAUGACUUUGUGGAAGCCUUCAAGUCCUUCUUCUUAUACAAAAAGGUCAAGGCUGAGGACUGCAUACAUAUGGCCAUUCCCAUGUUAUGUGGACUGGCAAUGAAAUCCUGGAUUCAACUCGAAUCUGCUCGGGAUGAGGCUCCGCUCAUUGAUUGGAUGUGGGAGUUUUUCCUGGUUCAGUUAAAGGAGAAAUGGCUGCCGGAUAAUUGGUUUGUGCAGGUGAAGAAGACCUGGAAUGCCAGUCAGGGAAAGCGACUCUGGUUCGAGUUCCAGCUAACGGUCUGCAGUGCUAACAAGGAUUUGGUGGGCCUGGCAAGUUACCUCGACACAGAUGACAUGCAUCUGCAUCUCAAGGAGUGCAUAAAUGAUGAUCUGGCUGAGGUGUAUCUCAAGGCAAACCAUAAAGGGGAGCUUGCCAAUCUCAAGGAUAUCGAUAAGUGGAUCGAGGAGGUUCGCUUGCUUGAUGAGGAUAUUCGCAAGGAAGCUUCACAUGGGAAACACUUGUUCAAGGCGCUAUUGGCAGAGAACAUGACACAGACGUUGGGCAAUGCAACAUCAGCGAAUAAGGCGGCCAGGAUGACUCACGCACAGACCAUGGCUUCAUCCAACCUGACUCAUCCACCGCUACAUCUGACACCAAACCCUUGUCCAAUCCAAAGGGAUGCCCUCCAUGCCUGA